CCAGUCCAGGUGUAGGAGCGGAUGUAAACAGUAAAGGUUAAUUGGUCAGGUAGAGCCUGUAAUACCAGACGGAGCUGGCUGUGAGAAUUUGAUCCGCGGACAGGUAACUCAAGCAUCCGUCACUGCGGCUAUCCGCCUCUCACCCCGGGGCCUAUAUAAAGCGUGUGUCGCCUGUCCGCGGCCACCAUAAAGCCUUACCUCCUGCUCUGGACGUGGACGCGGCGGAGCCCUAACAGCGGAUUAAUAUGUCACUCACUUCUAUCCUUUCGGCUGAGGCCAUUGACAAAGCUCUCAAGGAGUGUCAAGCUCCUGAAUCAUUCGAUCACAAGAAGUUUUUCCAGUCGUGUGGUCUGUCCUCAAAGACGGCCCAGGAGGUCAAAGAGGUCUUCCGGAUCCUCGAUGACGACAACAGCGGGUACAUCGAGGAGGCCGAGUUCAAGUUCUUCUUGCAGCGGUUCAAGCCUGAUGCGCGGAUACUGACUGACAAAGAGGCUAAAAGCCUCAUCUCAGCAGCUGAUAAUGACAGCGAUGGCAAGAUCGGAGCAGAGGAAUUCCAGAGUAUGGUUCUGUCCUGAGCUCUGCGUUUGAGGAAACUCCAAAGUGUUCAAGUCUUCUCGCCUCUCCUGCAGAUCCCAGCCUCUGUUCCCACCAGUUUCAUUAUUUUUCUGUCCAAAUUCUGUGUGCUUUGAUUGUUUUUAAAUGACCUUUUUGCUCAUUCAAAGACAAGCCCUGUUAUAUUUGCCUCUUCAUUGCCUUUGGUUAUUGGUUUCUGUUCUGUGCACACCCCACAACUCACCACUGACAACGAAUGAGAUCAAUAAAUAAACACAUGGAAACU